UUCCCAGUUUUUUCGAGCAGAAAUCUCAAAUUGGUCGAGAAACGUUCACCACUUCUGCUUCUCUGAGUCUGCACUUAGGGUUUUUUCGGUUCCAGAGUUGCUCAUGGAGUUCAUUGUGGAAGAAGGAAAGCGUAUGCAUCAAGACUGCUCGACUUUGAUUCUGCCUGCAUUAUCCGUGGGGAAUGUGGGGCAGCUCGCAGUUGAUCUUCUGGUUUCGUCCAUGGGAGCGGAGAGAGUGGGUUAUUUGGAUGAUCCAUUUAUGCUUCCAUGCGUUGGAAAUGAUGCUUAUGGCCCUCUUCCUUGUGGUGAAAUUGCUCUUCCUCUUGAAGUCUAUGAUUCAUUGUCAAAUGGGAUUACUCUUGUUCAACAACGAUCUCCAGUUGUGAAGGGAAUGAUGAUUAAUUUUGCUAAGAAUAUAGCGGAUUUUGCUUCUGCAAGUGGAAAGAAGCAUGUUGUCAUCCUUUCGAGUUUGGACUUCCAAAAGCUGCAAAAAUUGGAUAUGUCAAGUGGCUCUCAGGUGAAUUAUCUGUCCAGCACGAAAUCUGAUGGAACAGAUGACCAGUUGGAGCGAAUUGGAUUCAAAAGGUUGGAUGAGUAUGACCCGACAGGCAGAUGUUGGCGAUAUCUUAGCUCCGUCUUUGAUGAAAACAGUUCAGAAGAGAUGACUCCUCCGUCUGAAGAUGAAUUGGAAGACAUAGAUUACUAUCCAAGCUUGCCAUUUGCAGCUCUUUUUUCGGCUUUCAAGGCAAGAGGAUUGAAGGUCACUUGCUUGCUAUGUUACUGUUCGGAGGGGGACAACAUCCCUGAAGCUUUUCUUCUUGCAGAAUCUGCUUCCAAACUUACCGGUCUCGGUCCCGACAACUUUCGAGGAGGCGAAGACGGGAAAUGGCGGAUACCGUGUUCGUGGAAGAGCCUCUAUGGAGCACCACCGGACUCGUCCAUGUUCUAGAGAUAUCAUCUCCUUUCUCAGAGGUACUUCAUGAAUCUUUUUGAAAUCCAGUUAUAGAUUAUGUAUUUUUGGUCGGACUCUAUCCAAUUCGUAACAACUUGUUUGCAUGCAAGGUAGGCAUUUUGGUUUUAGAUUUUUCAGGUUUAAGAAAUACAAGGUUUCAUUCUCUUUUUUCUUUUUUGUCUUUUGGUUAAAUCCGGUUUUGUAUUGGGUAAUUCGGUUUAUUAAACCGAUUCGGAUUAAAUUUGUCAUGUGAGGUGUCAAUGACGGGGAAGCAUAUUUAGCA